AUGAUGAACGAAGCGAUCGAGGAGGACCUGGCAUAUGAGGAUUUGAGGAAUGAAGAAGUUGACCUCAUCGACAUUAGUGCAGUCGAUGUGGUGGGAGAAGACGAUGAAGAAGCGGAUGAGGAGGAAGAAAACUCAAGCUACAACAGCAGCGAUAAAACGAAUGCCUCCGCAGAUUUGGAGUUAAUAAAAUUCAAGGAGCAGAAUAUUUCCUACUAUAAGAGGUUUUACGCAAAUAAGAGUAUCUACUGUGUGAACUCCUUUAAGAAGUGGAUCUACUUUGGAAGCAUCAACAACAACUGCUACUUGUAUAACAACUUCGAUGACGAUCUGAGGAAUUUCGCCCACGAGGGGGUUACCGGCGCCAGCCGCCUUAGCAGCGUUAGCACGAAAAUCAGCCUACAGCAUCUGAAGCACCACAAGUACACGGACACCGUAACGAAUAUAAAAUUCUCGAAGAGUUACAUGUAUAUCGCCCUGUGUAUAUACAAUGGGGACAUUUACAUUUAUAACAAUAAUAAUAUGAACAGAUCAGAAAUUUUAAAUUACAAUAUUACCAAUUUUAAGAAAAAUAUUAACAACAGCAAUUCGUUACUUCACAUUUACAACUGGAAUGUAGACUUGAGUCAUUUUAAGAAGGAAGAGAAGGACUGGAUCACUGAGGAUAUGAAUUUCGUGAACAUCCUAACGAUAAAUGAUACGAACGAUAAGAAGGAUAUUGAGUACUUUAUGUUUUGUCCGUUUAAUGAGGAGAUCCUUUUAAGCAUUUACCUGGACUCACCAAACAUAUAUAUUUGGAAUAUUCGACAGAACGCGCCCAUUAGCAUUACCUACACGGUGGACAUCCCUACCUUUAUCAACAUUUGCAAUUAUGAAAGUAGCUUUUACCUGAUUGCUGGGUUUCACACUGGAGAGACGCACGUGUACGAUUAUAACGUCUACAAUUUGAAGAGGCGCAACGAUGGUAAGAAGCACGAUUCCAGGUUUAAUCAACAUAAUCAACAUAAUCAGCAGCAACAGCAGAUCAUGAGCGAAGAGCUGGACAACAGUAACGACGUCCUCUGCAUCGAUAACAAUUUGGCAAACGAGAUCUACGUAGCAACCCAUAGAAACAUUAUUCAGCUUUGCAGCGUGAACAACAACAGCGUCAUCAGUACGUAUCAGAAUCUGCACAGCGACCUGGUGGAUUACUGUCUUUUCAACAACAAGCGGAACAACAUCUUCGCCUCCUCCUCCCUGGACAAUAGCAUCAUUGUAUACGACUACCAUAGCAAAAAGUAUAUUAACAAGUUUCUUGUAAACUACGAUUUUAAUAAAGUGGAUACAAACAACCAAAUGGAAAAAGGGAUCAACUUCCUAAAGUGGAUUAACACGAACCUCCUCCUUUUUUCAAGUCUUAAUGGGAACAUAUACAUUUACGACAUUCGAUCUAGACAGUGCAUUCACCAGUUUUACAGCCACACGGAUACCAUUUUCAAUGUGCACUUGUCCCUGCAUCUGUAUGACCAGAAGAAUAUUCUCUCCAUUCUAACUGCCAGCGAUGACCGCUCCUCGAACAUGCAUUUCUUGGACAUUUCCGCGUUUAUCUAG